AUGGUGGGAGGGGGUGGGGGGGGGGGGUUGUGUGUGUUGGUGGGGGGUGGGGGGGGGGGGGGAUUUGGGUGUUGGGGGGGUGGGGUUGUGUUUGUGGGGGGGGGGGGGGGGGGGGGGGGUGGGUUUGGGGGGAGGUGGUUGUUUGGGGUGGUAAGGGGGGGGGGGGGGGGGGGGGGGGGUUGGGGUGGUGGGGGGUGUGGGGUGGGGGGGGGGGUUGUGGGUGUAUGGUGUUGUUGGGGGUGUUUGGGUGGGGGUUGGUUUUGGUUUGGGGGGGGGGUUGGGUGGUGGGGGUUGGGGGGUUUUAUGUGUUGUUGGUGUGGAGUGGGGGUGGGGGGGGGGUUGGGUGGGGGGGGGUUGGGGGUGGUGGUUUUGGGGUUGUGGUGGGUGGUUUUGUGUGGAGAUGGGGGGUGGGGGGGGGGGGGGUGGGGGUGUUGGGGGGGGGGUGUGGGGGGGUGGGGGUGGGGUGGUUGGUGUGUUUUGGAGUUGGUGUGGGGGGUGGGGUUGGGGGGGGGUGAGGGUUGGGGGGGUUUGGGUGGGGGGUAUGUGGUGUGGUGGGGGAUUGGUUUGGGUAGGGGGGUGUGGGUUGAUUGUGGGUGUUGGGUGGGGUUUUUUGGUUUGUUUUUUAGUGGGUGGGGGGGUGUGGGGGGGUUGGUGGUGGGGGUUGGGUGGGGGGUUGGGUUUGGGGGGGUGUUGGGGGUGGGGGUGGUGGGGGUUGGUGGGGUGUGGGGUGGGGUUGGGGUUGGGUUGUGUGGGGGGGGGGGGGGGUGUGGGUGGGUGGGGUGUGGUGUUGGGGUGGGGGGGGGGUGUGGGGGGGGUUGGGGUUGGGGGGGGGGUGGGGUGGGGUGGUGUUGGGGGGUGGUUGUGUGGGGGUGGGGGUGGGUGGGGUGGGGGGUGGGUGGUGUUGGGGGGGGGGUGGGGGUUGGGGGUUGGUGGGGGGGUUGUGUGGUUUGUGGUUUUUGGGUGGGGUGGGGUUUGGGUGGGUUUUUUGGUUGGGGUGGUGUGGGGGGGGGGGUGGGGGUUGGGUUGGGGGUGGGGGGUUGGGGGGUGGGGUGGGGUGUUGGGGGGGGGGGGUGGGGGGUGGGGGGGGUUGUUGGUGGGGUUGUGGUGGGGUGGUUUGGUGGGGGGGGGGGGGGGGGGGGGUGGGGUGGGGGGGGGUGGGUGGGUGGGGGGGGGGGGGUUGUUGGUGGUGGUGGUGGGGGGGGGGGGGGUGGUGGGUGGGGGGGGGGUUGGGGUGGGUGUUUGGGGUGGGGGGUGGGGUGUUUUGUGUGGGGGGGGGGGGGGGUGGGGUGGGGGGUGGGGGGUGUGGUGGGGGUUGUGGGGAGUGUGGGUGGGGGGGGGGGUGGGGGGGUGGUGGGGGGGGGGGGGGGGUGGGGGGUGUGUGGGGGGGGGGGGGGGGGUGGUGGGGGGGUUUGGUGGGUGGGGUUGUGGUGUGUGGGUGGGGUUGGUGUGGGGGUGUUUGGGUGUUGUGGGGUGGUUGGGGGUGGGGGGGGUUUUUUGUUGGGGGGGUGGGGGUGGGUGGGGUGUUGGGGGGGGGGUGGGGUGGUGGGGGGGGGGGUGGUUGGGGUUGGGGGUGGGGGGGGGGGGUGUGGGGUGGGGGUGGUGGGGGGGGGGUGGUGUGGGGUGGGGGUGGUGUGGGGUGUUUGUGUGGGUGUUGGGUGGGGGGGUUGUUGUGUUGGGGGGUGGGGUGGUGGGGUUGUGUUGGGGGGGGGUUGGGGGGGGGUGGUGGUGGGUUGGGGGGGGUGGGGGUGGGGGGUGGGGGGGGGGGGGGGUGGGGGUUGGUUGGGGUGGGGGGGUGGGGUGUGGGAGGGUGGGGGGGUGGUGGGGUGGUGGGUGGGAUGUGGUGGGGGGGUGGGUGUGUGUGGUGGGGUGGUUGUUGGGUGUGUGGGGUGGGUGUGGGGUGUGGGGUGGGGUGGGGGGUGUGUGGGGUGGUGGGGUUGGGGGGGGGGGGGGUGGGGGGGGUGUGGGGGUGGGGGGGGGGGGGGGGGGGGUUGGUGUGUGGGGUGGGUGGGGGGGGGGGGGGGGGUGGGGGGGGGGGGGGUGGGGGGGGGGUUUGGGUGGGUGGGGGUGGGGUGUGGUGUGGGGGUGUGUGUUGUGGGUAUAGGUGGGUGGGGGAAGGGGUUUUUGGAAGGUGUAGGGUUUGGGGGUGUGGUGGUUGGUUGGGGUGGUGGGUGGGGGGGGGUGGGGGGGGGGGUUGGGGGGGGGUGGGGUGUGGUGGUUGGGGGGGGUGGGGGUUGGGGUGGGUGGGGGGGGGGUUGUGGGGGGGGGGGGGGGUGUUGUGGUUGGUGGUGGGGGGUUUGUGGGUGUGGGUGGGUUGGGGGGUGGUUGUGGGGUGGGGUUGAGUUGGUUGGGGGGUGUUUGGUUUUUGUGUUUUUGAUUUUUCGUGAUUGGGUUGUGGUGUGGGUGUGGGUUGUGGGGUGUUGGGUUGGGGGUUUAAGUUAUUGGAUGGUUUGGUGGAGGGUGUUUUGUUGGUUUUGUGGUGUGUGUGGGUGGUUAUUUGUGUGUGGGUUUGUUUUGUGGUGUGGUUGGGUGUUUUUUGGGUGUGGGGUAGUGGUGUGUUGGGGGGGGGGGUUGUGUGGUUUUUUUUGGGUGGUGUGGGGUGGGGGUGGGUUGGUUUUGGUGUUGGGGUGGUGUUGUGGUGGUGGGUGGUAG